AUGCAUGACCUCUGGAAGUCGAACAAUGGGCCAACUCCGGUAGCCACCCUCAAACAUGCAGCCCAGCAGAUGACGGCACUGUGCUGGAUCCAGCCGCUGGCCGUGGAGCUCAACGACGUGCUGGCUGCCGGCUUCUUCGUCAAAAUAGGGCUCGAUCAAAAGCCCUCUGUGAGUAUGGCGUCUCCGGAGCCCCCUUCCGCCGAGGAGCCGUGCGAGACUGGACCUUCGUACGGCGAGCCAGCCAUCAGUGUCCCGGCAUUCCCGUCCGCAUGUACACAGUCGGAUGGCUUGCAGCCCCAGGAUCAGACCCUCCACCAGCGAUAUCAAGGGGAUCUGAGGGAGAGAGCACACAUACCUGUGUUACUGACCGUGUUCAGCAGCAGGACCCAGACUCUCCACGAAUCCCCUCUUUCGCGGAUCAUAUUCCCAACACUGGCGGCUGAGGGAUCAGCACGGUUGUAA